AUAUCCACUGUGUGUGUCAUAAAGAAUCUCUGUUUGUACAGUGCAAACUUCUGGAUGACCACACCGUGGCUGAUGGAAGGAAAACCAAUUUAACCAAGGGACAACUCAAAAAUAGCAUCAUUACAUGUUGAUUAUGCACCCUCAGGCAUAAAGAGAAAACAUUUUCGAAUACUGGAACUGAUAGGUGUGAAUCGGUUUACUCUCCUUUGGUGGUGUUUACUGUAGGUUUUGGUGGGUUUGUUGAUUCUCCGGUUUGUUGUUCCGAGUGGGAAGUGCCCUGAGCAGGCAGGAGAUUCCUGAAGCGUUAGUUGGCCCAGACUACUGACUGACUAAAUGUGUCUGGGUCUAUUUAGGAGCAAAAGAGGGUUUGGGGAGACCUUAAGUGUCCUGAAGCAUUGCAGAAAUAAUUAAUUAAAUAUUUUUAUUUAUAAUAAAUUACACUAAUCUAUGUAUUUAGUGGUUUUCUUUUUCUUUUUUGAAUCUAAGUUUGAAAAUGGUUUAAAAUGAAAUAAAACAGUUGUUCGUCUAAAAAUAGACUAUCAUAUCCACCAAAAAAAUUCAAUGGAAAAAAGCGAACAAGUGACGCAAGUGAGGCAUGCGAGUCUCUGAUAUGAGAGACAGAGAGGAUUGCAAAGACACAAGGACCUUCUGUCUUACUCCAGUUUUGUCUUUCAACAGACACUUGUCCUUGUCUUUGCUCUGCUUAUAGCCUAAAAUCCUGUACAAAAUUUUGGUUCAAAUCCAAGAAAAUUUGACUUUUCCAGCUACAUUCCUUGUUAGUACAAAAUACUGAUUUAAAAAAAAUAAUUAUUAUUAAACCUUUCAUAAUAUAGGCCCAGAUGUGACAAUAUGUAACUGUAGAUCAAGUGUCAGGGUUACAUUAUUUUUUCUAUUUCUUCACAAAUAAAAAAAAAAAAAAGCAUUAUCAUUUUUCAUAAUUAUAUUAGGAGUCAUGGUCUCCAGGCAUCUGCAAUGAAGCUGAGCAUUGAAUCGUGAUGAGAGAUGAAGCUUCAGCAUCUCCAACCUUUUAUUACAUCAAGAAAGACAGAGAGAGGAGGGAGCAAGAGGAAGACAACGUAUAAAGUACACAUCUAGGCCUAUUCAGCUGACACUCAUAAACAGGGCCUACGAGACACACACACACACACAUAGACGUUACUCCUCUUUUAUCUUUAUGACAUUUCAUUAAAGCAGAAAGGUCAGAUACAAACAGGUUUCAGAUGAGUUCCUCACCUUCAAAGCUCCUCCCACAAUUCAUCCAGUAACACACACACACACACACACUUUCCAUGUCACCUCAAAAGACACCAAGCAAACCAGUGAACAUUCAACACACAGCAUUAAAUGCUCAGAUGUUUUUAGGGAUUUCUUCAUUCUACUCCACAGCCCCAAGUUUCCUCUAGAUUACACAGAGUUAAGUGUUUUGUUGUACUGUUUACUAAAGGAGGAUUCUCGUGCUUGUCCCUCCACCGAGUCACAUUACACAGUCUGAAUAGAUGCUAAAGUGGUCUAGACUCGCUCAGCAAAGGACAGAGAAGGCCUGGAUUAUUUACCCACCCAUGUAAGGAUUACAGACCAUCUUAACCUUUCCAUUAGCACUGGGCCAUCUCAGACAGACAGGCUACCUGCACCUGAGCUCAAAUUCACUCCACCAGAAACCUGAUCUGAUAGAACCAAAGUGGCUGAGCCGAGCAGAGCUGAAGAUCACGGUUUCCUCUCUUUUCCUCCUCAUGCUCUCUUUCUUGAUCGCUCACUCUCUUAUUCUCUCCAAUGCCAUUUUGACCCCAAGAUAGAUUCAGAAAUACAAAACAACAGCUACAAAUAUGCAUCACAAUCGUACAUGUGUCAUAUGGAUGAAGGUAACAGAAAUGCAGACGUACUUUACAGAAACCUUUUUCUGCCUUAAAUCCAAAUAUCCAAAAACUUUAACCACCUCCACGUUUUUAGAAGAUCCGAGCACGUGCCAAAAUUGACAUUCACAUUUUUUCAGAAGCAAUGUCUCCCCCUGCUGGAUAUUUUGCUAAAUGCAGAGUGUGAUGUUAGAGAGAUGUACUGAAAGAAAAAUUUUAUUUGUUACGUUUUUUUGUGUGCUCUUUAGUGUUCUGAAAGUUCUUUAAAAAACAGAUUCUGUGAUUCAUACUACAUAGGGGAUAUUUUUAGAUGCAAGUCAGAUACAGGUAAAAUGAGGACAGAAAGACAUCUAAAAGUUAAUGUUCAUGUUUCUUGUGGCAGAUACUGUAUCCCUACACAUUAAUUCAUCUACACAAGUUUGGACUUUUCUCUAUAGGGUGAACUCAGAUUCACUAAUAACCAUCAUCUUCUUCUGGCCUCACACUUACUUAUCAAGACACCAGCUAAUUUUCACAGUGAUGUUUCCCUGACGGAUAAAUUUGACAUGAGAUCGGCCUUAGUGACGUCAGUCCAUCUAUUCUGGUUGUCAUGGUUACACAGAAAGCCAUCAAUUAAGAAGCGGAACAUGUCUCUCACGCUGUAUAAUCUUCCCUGGAGCUAAUAUGUAAGAGAGAAGGGGAGGUAAAUGUGGAUCAAAGUUACAAAAGGUAAUUAUUAUUUUCAGUUCUCGAGUGAAAAUGUAGCUCUUUAAAUCAGUGGUAAAACUGGCUUUUGAAUAUGAAGUCGGCUGUAUCAUGUACAAUAAAACUUGAAGGAACAAAAUGCUACUUGAUAUCAUAUUUGCAUCCACCUUGUCUGUGUUUUCUUUAUGACGGAAUCCCUUAAGGUUCUUUUGAUGGAUCUAUACUAUCAGACAAACAGACCGACAGACAGAUAGACAGACAGACACACACACACACACAGACAGACAGACAGACAGACAGACAGAUAGACACAGACAGAUAGACACAGACAGACAGACACACACACACACACAGACAGACAGACACAGACAAAUAGACAGACAGACAGAUAGACACAGACAGACAGAAAAAGCUUGUUGAUGGAUAGAUAUUCUUGAAGUUUAAAUGUAAAAUAGAAAUGUACAUAGACAACAGGCUACAUAUCUUUUGUCGUAGGAUACUGAUUCUACAGAAAUCGAUCAAGCAGCGUACUGUUGCUAUAGCAACUUCAGGUGAAAACGAUCUUUAGCGUUUACAGUGAUUAACAUGUAAUCUUACUGUAGUGAUUAUUGUAAUGUGCACGGUUUAGCCUACACAUUUAUAUACCUAAACAAAACAUUUUUUUUAAGACGCCUCCAUCCAAACAUUUUUUGUUCCACUUUUACAUAGAUAAACCUAUUCAUGUCACAAGAGCCUAAUGAAUGAUGAGACAUUGUUAAACACUGAUUAUACUCUAUCCGCACGCGUAACUUCCAAGAUAGGAUACUAUUAUACUAUCUGAGACUACACGUUUUCAAUAAGAUCCAGAAACAUCAACAGGUCCAAAACUCUGGGUAUCAAUCUUGAGUCACGCAUUACAUUAUAGCACUAUUGUACUGCAAAGUUAUUUCUAGUUUUGAUUUACGGAGAACCCAAGAUGAAGAACGGAGAGUAGCUACGUGAGGAGGACUCGAGCGCGCACUGGUACUCCCACGCGCCUCUGAUCGUUCAUUCAGCACCACAGCAACUGAACAGCGACCGCGGUGUGCACGCCAACGAAUGGGAUGGGGACGGUUUAUUUUAAAUCCGACAGAUAAGAUCACAUUAUUGCGGUUUAUCCAAUCUCAUCUGGAUGCCUCGUGUUUUAAUAUGCGGACGUCUGUUUACUGAAGGAAUAUUCACUAUAACGGAACGACAAAUGUGAUAUGAUCGAGAGCAUCACUCUGCUGUGUAACAUACUUUUUUCGCGGUUCCUAAUCUGUCGUAAAUCAUGAAAUACUUUGAGAUUGUUUGUUUUUCUGAAAGCGCAAACAUCAAUCGAGAAAAACAGAUUCGCGACCACCUCUUGUCGAGGCGAGCGGUCCGCCACACCUGACUGUUUUUCUGCCUCCGGUUGUGACAUGAAAACUCGGACCAGAAAGAAACGGAUGAAAGGGCGAAGAGCUGCCAAAAGGCCAUGUGGAUUUGAAAGAGAACAUAUCAGAUUGAAGUGGGAGCCCAGAACAACCCACAAGUCCGAUCGCGACUGACAAUCACAGGCAUGGGGACAGCAGAGAUCAAGAGACGGUCGGAGGUCUUGCAACCUGUUGUUGAUCUGGAUUAACGAGACAGAGAUCUGAUGUUCAUUAUAUCUAAAUGGCAAUGACUUGGGGGAAAACACCUGCUUUUGAUUGAUUUAUGUCUUGUUUUUUUGUGUGUGUGUGUGUGUGUGUGUGUGUGUGUUUCUUAAUACAAAUACAUUUGAGGAGUAGCUAAUUACAUUGGGCGCCUGGACUGGACAUGAGCUUAGAUUGAAACGUUUCUUCGGUAAUUUAAAUGUAUGUGUAUAAUUAUAUUUAUUUAUAUUAAUUAAAUUAAUAUCAAGCCAUGGGUUGCCUUCAGAGCGUCGCCUGCAAACCCCGAAUUAAACGCGAGAACAUCGUUGUUUACGACGUCUCUGCUACUAUUGACCACUGCCCGACAGUGAUCGAGGAGAAUUCACCCAUAGUGCUCCGCUAUAAAACUCCGUACUUCAAGGCCUCCGCCCGGAUAGUGAUGCCACCGAUCCAUCGGAACGAGGCUUGGGUGGUGGGUUGGAUUCAAGCGUGCACUCAAAUGGAAUUCUACAACACUUAUGGAGACCUCGGCAUGUCAAGCUGGGAGCUGCCAGAGUUACGGGAAGGACUGGUGAAGGCCAUCAGCGACUCGGACGGCGUGAGUUACCCAUGGUACGGAAACACGACAGAAACUGUGACCCUCUCCGGCCCCACCUCCAAACCUUCAUGCUUCACUGUCAGCAUGAAUGAUAACUUCUACCCCAGCGUAACAUGGGCCAUACCAGUGAGCGAGAGCAACGUGGCUUUGCUCACGCGGAUCAAACGCGACCAGAGCUUCACCACUUGGCUGGUGGCUUUAAAUAUGGCCACACAGGAAAAGAUCCUCCUGCAGACAGUUAAGUGGAGGAUGAAAGUAGACAUCGCUGUGGACCCCUCCAAGCCACUGGGCUCUCGAGCAAGACUCACCGGCCGGGUGCACCAGGACCAGCCCAAGGUGUUGACUCAUAUGGAACCGAUCCCCCCUAAUGCUCUGGGUAAACCCAAUGCUAAUGACGCACAAGUGCUAAUGUGGAGGCCCAAGCAAGGACCACCAUUAGUGGUGAUCCCCUCUAAGUAGCAGGCUGUGGGAAGCAGGUUUUUAAAUCAAGUCAAUUUGCCUUAAAUCCACACUGCUGCCUUUAUAGAGAUACUUGGUUCUUGACUGGCCCUGGAGACACUUAAAGGGACAAUUCA